GCAUCGUGUCCUGAGUGCGGUGUGGCGGUGUCCUGUGAGUGGCGUGCGUGGCGGCGUGUGUCGUGUCACCAUGAACCAGCUGUGUCGUGUCUGUGGCGAGGCGGCGGCUGGAUUCCACUUCGGCGUCUUCACCUGCGAGGGAUGCAAGUCUUUCUUCGGGCGCACGUACAACAACGCGGGGUCUCUGGGUCAGUGCAAACACGGCGGGCGUUGUGUCAUCACCAAGAAGAACAGAACGUCCUGCAAGGCGUGUCGACUCACCAAGUGUCUCGCCGCGGGCAUGAGCAAGUCGGGAUCGAGGUACGGUCGUAGGUCCAACUGGUUUAAGCUACACUGUCUUUUCGAGGACACAGAGAAGGGGUGUAGGGGUGAAGGGGUGAAGGAAGCCCCCUACCAAUCACCCCACAAGCCCCCCAGCCCGUCAGCCCUCCAGUCACCCCGUCAGAACACCCCUACCAUCUCCCCAGAUUCAGAUUUAAUAGAUGUCACCCCAGUUUUCACCCCAAAUUGUCUUCUCAGUUCUUCUCACCCCUGUCUACCAUUCUGGGGUGACUGGGGUGUGCUCCUCUGUCACCCCACAAAGACACACCCCCUCCAAUACUUCACCCAACACCCCUCUUCACCCCUGCCAGAUAGAACAUGUCACCCCUUCACCCCGACACAUCCCAGCACUAUGGAUGAAUUGUCACCCCAGCCGUGUAAAAAAAUGCGUUCUUUCACCUCAAAUCACCCCAAAACACCACCUCUGGAUCAUUUAUCACCCCUGUCUGUUAAGGAUUGUCACCCCAGUAUGCCUCUACACCCCAAAACACCCUGCUGGACACGAAAUCACCCCUGAUAUCGUCACCCCUACACCAGAACACCCCAGAACACACCAAAGCAUUUCUAGACACCCCUACACCCCUGUCUGUUAAAGAUAGUCACCCCUGCAUGCCUCUACACCCCAAAACACCCUUGCUAGACCAUCCCUCACCCCUGCUAAGUAAUUAUUGUCACCCCUGCACAGUGAAUGACCCCAGUUUUGCAUUGUUCACCCCUCCUUCACCCCAGUUCAAGAUGUCACCCCUAUUGAGGCAGUGUUACCAGUUAAAAGGGAUUAAUUUUUCUCCUUUUCUAUCUCUCUCUCCCUCUCUCUCUCCCUCUCCCUCUCUCUCUUCCUCUUCCUCUUCCUCU